AUCUACGCGGUGAAUAUGGAGCAUUCAGACUCGAAUCUUGUUUGUAUACGAUAUGUGAGAAAUGUCAAAGAUGAUUUCUAUAAAUGGAAAACGUCUGCCAUUACUCUCCAAUGCCAAACCCCCGAGUUGGCCAUGGACUUUUGCAAAACUUGUUUGCCAUAUGUAGCGGGUACUGAUCCUUCUGGACUGAUUGAUCGCAGGCACUACCUGAUAUUCGUCAAUCCUGUGGGAGGCACGAAGAAUGGCAUGAAGGAGUACGGCCGGUUGAAAGAAAUGUUGGAUCAGAGUGGUGUCGUUACACACGAGCUGUUCGGUAUGGUAUUACAAUUUGUCCUGUCUAAAAUGGGUAUAUCUGAUGGUGUGAUGUGCGUGCACCAGGGGUAG